AUGACAAAUAAAGAAAAUGCUGCGAUUGCUGAUCGGAUGCCUCAUAAGGCCAGAAAUUUAGCAAUACAUCUUGUGAGCCAAGUCUUAGAUGAUGCUUGUAUAAUUUUAAAUGAAGCCACAGAAUUAGGACAAUCAUGGCGCUGUAUGUCAAAAUUAAAUGGAGAUAACAAUAGUAAAUGUAUGAUUGAUAAUGAACACUCAACUUUUAUUGUGGAGAUGGGCGACAACGAUGACGUUAACAAAAUACAUGGACCGAAUGCAAUGACCACGUCCACGCCGCAAAAGGUUACUGAUGAAAUUAAAACAACUACAAAAGCUGAUGCAUGUUUAAUAGGACAAGGAGACGAAGAUAUUCAUUCCGAGGGAGAUAUAUUUCAAGACUUAAGUGGUUUAAGAAAAUCUACAUCUACAUUUAUAAAUCGUUUAUUUGACAUGAGUGACGUCGAAUAUAUCCAUGAUGAUUCGGAUUUAGCUCAGAACAAUUUAAGUACUAAUGAAUCACUAACGGAAGAUAUUAUUAAAAUUGUGGAGUUAUGUGUAGAAUCCGCUCUCAACUCCGACAUUUAUGUCCAGAAUACUCCGCAGAAUACUAUACUUGAUGAAAGCGUAGAGAAGUCGCCGAAUAGUAACCAUUCCAGCUAUUCCUUUCUUGACGAUGCUUUCUCAAAUAAUGUUGAUAAAAAUAUAGCAUUUUAUAUCGAUGGUGAUGUUGCUACAAAUAGCAAAAUUGAUAUUAAUUAUUAUAAAUAUAAUGCUUACGAAAAUACUGAGCGCCUUAUAUUUUCGGAACUGUUGCAGACUAAUGUGAACGUAAACGAAACUAUUCAAAGAAAUGUCGCAUUAUAUGAAAAUGCCUAUGCCACAUUAAAUAGAGAUUAUGAGCAAUAUUCCGAUGAGGAAGACUUUGUACACCAGGAUUCAAAAUCUUUAGCAUUACAAGAAGUAGAAUUGUCUGCUAAGAAUACAUCGCCAGUUGAGUUGCCGACGUGUGACAAUGAAUGCAAAGAGCUAGCUGCUACUUCAGCGGUGUCAGCUUCGGUAGUAUCUCGUAAGAGCGGUCUGGUUAAACGGUGCCGUCUGCAGGGCGCGAGACUUUUAUCCUGUUUACGAGGUUGGUGGUGGCGUCGCAAACUGCCGGGAGGACGCAAAGAACCCCGUAUACCUGGUGCUUUACGGGGUCAAUAUCCCCUCUCACCUUCUACGAGAGUUCGUGCAGCCAGCUUGCUGGAUCACCGUCGCAUUCUCUCUCCAUCACUUUCCCGCUCUAACGUCUGGAAGUUCAACACUAUCAACGAGACUGUGGUCAAUUCAGCACAUUUGAAGGAAUACGCUUUUGAGAAGCUUGAAUGUAAUGAAUAUUAA